UCGCUCGCUGUGAAUGGCUUUUUUUUAUUUUGGCCAGCAGUUGUAGAAAUUCUCGGCCAAUGCCAACGUGCGAAAUUCGCGGUCACCGUUUCGACGACGCGGAAAUGCUGUUGUGCUUUAUGUAACAUGUUAAGCUGACCAGCAAAAUAUUCUUUUAGUGUACAAAUACCGUGUGAUAAACAUAUUCAAUAUUUAGGCCAUAAAAUGUUUCCCUACCAAGUGGGCGCCGCAGUGCGCGGCACAAUGCAUAAUCAUGUGAAAUUCCUCCUGCGGGUUCAGCUGCCUGGAGCAGCAACUCAUCAAUUCCGCAACUUGUGCCCGCUGGCUGAAUACGAGAAGCGUGUCCAGUCGGGUCAACUGAUGGCCGAUGAAAAGCAAAAGGAUACCAUGAAGGAGCUGGAAUUGCUCUACAAACGCAUCAAGGGCUAUCAGCCGUCUACCCAGCCCUCAUCUGGGGGCGGAUUCCUCAGCCGUCUCUUUGGCAGCAAAUCCAGCGAAGAAGACGCUGAGGAUGACUUGAAUGCGGGCAGUCAUGCCCCUCAAGGCCUCUAUGUCUACGGUAGCGUUGGCGUGGGCAAAACCACGCUCAUGGAUCUAUUCUAUGAUUGCUGUGAAAUCAAUCACAAGCAACGUGUGCACUUCACUGCCUUCAUGACGGAUGUUCACGCUCAGAUCCAUGACGCCAAGGAGCGACAGGGUCCCGUCGAUCGCGCCUUUAACUCAGAGAAACCCGCACCAUUCGAUCCCACGAAACCGGUUGCUGAGAACAUAGCACGCAAAUCAUGGCUUAUCUGCUUCGACGAAUUCCAAGUGACAGACAUUGCGGAUGCCAUGAUACUCAAGCGCCUUUUCACGCAUCUUUUCAAAAAGGGCGUUGUCAUCGUGGCCACCAGCAAUCGGCAUCCCGAGGAUUUGUACAAAAAUGGUUUACAACGCGUCAACUUCUUGCCCUUCAUUGGAUUGCUGCAGAAACGCUGCCUGCUGUCCAAGCUGGACUCGAUAGAUUACCGCCGCAUUGCGCAGUCGGGUGACACCAACUAUUUUGUGAUAGGUCAGACAGAUGCCGAUUCUGAGAUGAAUCGCAUGUUUAAGAUCUUAUGCGCCGAGGAGAAUGACAUCAUUCGACCCCGCACAAUCACCCACUUCGGUCGCGAUCUGAAAUUCCAACGCACCUGCGGACAGAUCUUGGACAGCAGUUUCGAUGAGCUAUGCGAUCGCCCAUUGGCAGGCAGCGAUUAUCUGCAAAUUGCCCAGUUCUUUCACACGGUCCUCAUACGAAAUGUUCCCCAGCUAAAUCUUAAUGUCAAGUCGCAAAUGCGACGAUUCAUCACACUAAUAGAUACGCUGUACGACAAUAGAGUGCGUGUUGUCAUAUCGGCAGAUAAGCCACUGGAUAAUCUUUUUGAAUUGGGCGAUGCAUCGCCAAUAUCCGAUUCAGACCGUAUCCUCAUGGAUGACUUAAAAAUUACGCAUGGAUCGCACGCGUCCAAAUCGAGUGUAUUUACUGGAGAGGAGGAACUGUUUGCCUUUGAACGAACCAUAUCUAGAUUAUAUGAAAUGCAGAAGAGCGAAUAUUGGGAACAAUGGGCGAAACAUCGAUGAUCUACCUGUAGAUCACUUCCUAGUCCAACCACUAAAAGCAAUAAUGUCAUUAGCACAAUUAAAUUUCCCGUCACAAAUUUACAAAA